UAUAUGGCGGCCACAGCGGUACAUGUAACGUUCCCAUGUUGCACAGGCUACUGAAAAAGGCCAUAAAUAGUUGAAGGCAAUGUUUUUAAUCGUUUAUUAAAGCUCUGAAUAUGGGGGACAUUGUAUGCGAACAUCUCCAUCUAAUACGCCCUUCUUAUGACGCAUAAUUUAUGGAGCUCGCUGGGACGUGAGGAAGGAUCAAGAAUAUCUUCAGGAAUUUGUUUGGAUAAAUGCAGAAACUGGAUAGAAUCGGGUUUAUUCAUCCUCGGUAACCGUGCGGAAUUAAAAGGAUGGCUGGAAUUUGUAACAGUUCAACAUCUGGAAUUGGUGAUAUCAUCCAACUAAAUGUCGGUGGAACGAGAUUCAGCACAUCAAGACAGACUCUGACAUGGAUUCCUGACUCUUUCUUCUCAAGUUUACUUAGUGGGAGAAUAUCAACGCUACGGGAUGAAACUGGAGCUAUAUUUAUUGACAGAGACCCAACAACAUUUGCCCCUAUUUUAAACUUCCUUCGAACAAAAGAAUUAGACUUAAGGGGGGUUAACAUAAGCAUCCUGAGACAUGAAGCAGAGUUCUAUGGUAUUACACCUUUAGUUCGACGUUUACUUCUUUGUGAAGAACUGGAACGAUCUUCAUGUGGAAGUGUGCUCUUUCAUGGCUACCUCCCUCCACCAGCUAUCCCAGCCCGGAGCACUGCUGGUGGACAGGCUGCAGGCCAGGAAGAGCGUUCGGUUCCCAGUGGAGCAGAGGGGAGUUUCUCACGUUCUUCCCCACAGUCUUCUCUCCCUGGACCCAGUGGGGCAGAUGGACCUCAAAGACUGGGAUCACCAGUCGACCCUAGGAAGGUGCUGAUUGUUGCUGGCCAUCAUAACUGGAUUGUAGCUGCCUAUGCACAUUUUGUCAUUUGUUACAGGAUAAAGGAAUCAUCUGGCUGGCAGCAGGUGUUCUCCAGCCCAUACCUGGACUGGGCCACUGAGCGGGUGGCCCUCAAUGCUAAAGUAGUGGGCGGGCCACAUGGAGACAAAGACAAGAUGGUUGCAGCAUCUUCUGAGAGCAGCAUUAUACUCUGGAGUAUCCAGGAUGGAGGGAGUGGAAGUGAAAUAGGUGUGUUCAGCCUUGGAGUGCCUGUUGACUCCUUGUUUUUCAUUGGUAGUCAACUUGUUGCCACCAGUCACACAGGAAAGGUUGGAGUGUGGAAUGCCGUCACCCAGCAUUGGCAGGUGCAGGAUGUAGUGCCCAUUACAAGCUGUGACACUGCUGGCUCCUUCCUCUUGCUUGGCUGUAACAAUGGCUCAAUUUAUUAUAUCGAUGUGCAGAAGUUUCCACUGAGAAUGAAGGACAAUGACUUGUUGGUGACAGACCUGUACCACGACCCAUCCAACGAUGCCAUCACAGCCCUCAGCGUCUACCUGACUCCUAAAACCAGUGUGAGUGGGAACUGGAUUGAGAUCGCUUAUGGAACCAGCUCAGGUGCCGUGCGUGUUAUCGUACAGCAUCCAGAGACUGUAGGAUCUGGACCACAGCUCUUCCAGACCUUUACUGUCCACCGCAGCCCCGUCACUAAGAUCAUGCUCUCUGAGAAGCACUUAGUGUCAGUGUGCGCUGACAACAACCAUGUACGCACAUGGACGGUGACACGGUUCAGAGGCAUGAUCUCCACCCAACCAGGGUCUACUCCACUGGCAUCCUUUAAGAUCAUCUCACUGGAGGAGACGGAGAGCCACAGCAGCUAUUCCUCUGGCAAUGACAUCGGUCCAUUUGGAGAGAGAGACGACCAGCAGGUGUUCAUUCAGAAAGUCAUUCCCAUUACCAACAAACUCUUUGUUCGUCUUUCUUCUACCGGGAAAAGGAUCUGUGAAGUGCAGGCAGUAGACGGCACCACCAUCACAUGUUUCACAGUGCGAGAGUGUGAGGGCUCCAGCCGUAUGGGCUCCAGACCCCGCCGUUACCUCUUCACUGGCCACGCAAAUGGCAGCAUUCAGAUGUGGGACCUAAGCACAGCCAUGGACAUGGUCAACAAGAACGAAGACAAGAGCAAGCGAGAGCCAGAGGUGGGAGGUCCAACUGAAGAGGAGCUGCUGAAGCUCCUUGACCAAUGUGAUUUGAGCACAUCUCGUUGUGCCACGCCCAACAUCAGCCCUGCCCCCUCUGUGCUUCAACAUAGCCGACUACGGGAGUCCUCCUCCAGUCUUCAAUUGCAAGCUCACGAACCUAUCCCUGAGACAGCCACUUACGGAGCCCUGCGCCCUUACCGAGAGAGCCCCUUACUGGCCCGUGCUCGACGCACAGAGAGCUUCCACAGCUACCGAGACUUCCACAGCCUAAACCUGACCAAGGCCCUGCUGGAGAACACCGGACAGUGUGGAUCCACUGAGGACGAGAUGCGGCCAUCUAUGGGGGAGAGCAUUGCUGAGGAUGGUGACAAAAAAAACUCCACCACGGAGCUUUGGGGGAGUAGAGUGUCUGAAACCCAGUCUGCAGCUGCACGCAAACCCCCAGACAGCCCUGCAGACCAACGAUGGAGGUCCCAUUUGAUGGAUGAGGGGGCUUUGGAGUCCAGACCAGAGGGAGGGAGGAGGAGAGCGGCAUUUGAAGCUAAUUUUCUGGGUAGAAAAAAGGCACCUCCGGUUCCACAACUGAGCUCCCCACCUGCAGGGGCCGAUGGAGCGAGCAGUGACUCAUCCAGCACUGCUUCCCCAUCUCCAACUAAACUGUCCACAUCUCCACGCCAUCGCAAGGGCCCUGAAAGUGCAUGUUUCCUUCACUCAGAGGAAAGACGAAGGCAUAAUCUUGACUAAUUUUAUUUUGUGAAAACAUCAUGUGCUUUUGUCACUUCAACCAUCUGGGCCUCAUUCUCUUCCUGGCUUUGCCAAGCGUUUAAGCUUAGGUUAUAUUUGCUUAUGUUCGACUUUUCAUUCAUUAAUGUAAAUUUAUCAACAUGCUAUACAUGAAAGAAUAGUUUACGAUGAGCUGUGAAUAGAAGAAAAUGUUAAAUGAUCAUAUCACAUAACAUUUGCAGUUUUUUCUGCAUGCACCUUUGUUGCAAAAUAUAAAAAGUAAUUUUAUGAUAUGAGCUUUUAUCCUAUUUUUUCCAUAUUAAUUGAAUGAUACAAUUCUGUUGCUACUAUCCACUAACGGUACCUUUCUAAACACUGCAAUGCACUUUAUUGUCUAUCAUUAUUUGUCAGUUUAUAAUGAAAUGGGGAUUCAGCGGAUAAACUACAAAUAAUGAACAGGUUUGAAAUGAAGAUUAGAAUUCUGUGUUGCCAUGAGGGAUGCAGGAAUGAUAAGCCUUUAAUAUUGCAUUUCAUAAAAGGGACUUUUACUUGCUCUAGACAUUUUUGAAAUUAUUCAGUGCCUUUUACUAAUUUGGAUAGCUUCUGUUCUUGUGAGAUAACCAUUUUUUUUUCUCUUUCACUAUUUCUCAUAGACGUGCAAUUUAUUUAAGUGAAACCAAAAUAACAGACUUUUAGACUGGAGUUACAGAUUAAAAUGCCCAAAUCUAAAUAUCAGCAUCAUGCAUUAUUUUAACAUCACAGACUGACUGAAUUAAUUAAUUAUUAUAUAACUUACAGGUAGUUCACCUGGAAGUUAUAUAACCAUUAAUUCAGUCAAUAUAUAAAAUAAUAUAUAGUAUAUUUUGGAUAAAUUCUGUGCUUGUAGGAAUCGCAACAAUCAUUAUUUCCAAACAGGUUUCCCAAACACUUCUAAUGCCCCUUUGGACCCGACCCCCCCAUCUGCCAUUGUUUGGUUAAACAGGUACUGUAGUUCUAUCAGAAAGACUCAAGAUUACUGGAAUACCAUAAAAGAUACUUGUAUCAUUUGGCAUAAGCCCCGUCCUACAGUUUAGGGCUGUGAUGCAGCUUGAACUGUCAGAUCCUGCCAGAGGCAAUAACGGCAGGGGAGCGGAGCUUACCCCUGCCCAGGACGGGACCUAAACUGGUGAAAACACGGAACUAUGUGAAAAAUGAGAGGCACCUGGCAGGCUUAUAAAUUGGAGGCUGUAUUGUGAUUGGAUGUGAUGCCUGAUAAAUGAAUCCCAAGAUCUUCCUGCUAGAACUACUUUUACAUUUACAUUUACAUCCCAAACUCACAGCAUUGGUUUUGGGUGCACCACAGAGCCACAUUUUACACUUUUGGGAAGUCAUCCUAUGAAAUGACUUACUUAUAGUUGUAGAAGUAAACUUAUAGUUAAUGUAGUAAUUUAGUUCACUAAAGUUAUUGUUUGCACAUUAAAAUAGGAUAAGGAAAGUUUUUGUAAGAGUAAAAAGUAACCAGAUUUAAGUCCAUGAUUAAAAACUGAAUAAUUGAUCUUGGAUCAUUUUUAGCUAUCUGAUAUUAUAUUAAAGUUCUAAUGAACAGUUUUUCAGUGAUAUUUUUAAUUAUUUUUUUCAAAUAGAACUUUUAGGUUAAUUGAAUUACUAUUUUGAUAUUUGUUAACAUCAAUAAAUGAAUUUGGUGCUCACCAUGAUCAUUCAUUAAUCUCGGUUAAUAUUAAUUUACAUUUUAGAACAUAGUAUUGUACAAUGUGAGUUCAUGUUUAGUUCCUAAUGCAUUAAAUAAUGUUACAGUUAUUUAAAUGAACAUUAUCCAAGAUUAAUAAAUGCUGUAAAAGUUUUGUUCUUGUUGUUAGUUCAUGUUAACUAAUGAAGUUACCAAAUAUAAAUGAAAACAACCUUAUUGAAAAGUGUUACCAAAAUCAAAACUUGAAAUUGGUAAAUUUAUGAUAAAACCCCAAAGGCACCCAGGCAAGCAGCCCUCUCACAAAACACAUCAAAUUAUCAAAAAUAAUAAUAUACUAAUUAAUAAAUAAUAAUUUUGUAAUUAAUAGUUUUGACAAUUGCAUGUUUUAAUAUAAUAACAUACAAUUUGGACUAAUGCAUUAGGUCUGAACAGGCCUCCUAAAUCAUCAUGCUUUGAAUAUCACAAAGCAUAAAUGUAUCAUUUGCAUUCAAAUUGUAAAGAAUUGUUUAUAUUUUACAUGAAGCUAAUUUUAUUUUGACUGAUGCGCAUAGUCACUUUCUUUACCAUCCUUUACAAUUUGUGUACAAGUUUCAUGCCUCCACUGAGAAAUAUAUAGUAUAAACCUAUAUUUCGAUGAUGGAUAUCCAAUAUAGGUUAUUAAUGUUAAUCUAUGUUACUAAGUGAGGUUAUUGCUUAAAUUGUUUUAUGUCCGAAUCAUAGCCAUUAACAAAGUACUUAACGGAAAUGAUAUGAAGUUAUAAGGUCCCACAGUUCAAUUAUGCUAUGCAAACAUUCAAUCAUUUUCAUGGUGACAGUGCUGACUGUAGGCUAUAUAGCCGAAUGAAUUAAAUAAUUCUCAUUUGACACUUACUAAAAAAAUAAGUUGUUCAUGUUUUCUGGAAUCCUGGAAGUAAUUUUAAAAUGUUCUAGUUUGCUGUGAUUGUUUGCACCUACAUGUAGGUUAUUAUUACAACAUGAUAUGAAGUCUAAAACAAUUUCUGAUUAAUAUGCACUAAUGAUUUGUCAAGACUUUGACCUUUAGUCUAAUAUAUUGUGUGCAUAACUGGUCAAUAAUUUUUGUUUUAUCAAAUAUACGCUUUUCAUGCCAUUGAUCAUUUCAGGUUGUCUGAGAUUUUUCGACGUUAAGGAAUGUUUUAUCGACAAAAGUGUAAUACCUUAUGCUUGCUUUCAGAAAUACUGUCACAACCUGAUUUCUGUGUGUUUUCAGCCUAUUACUGUAUGCAAGAUGGCUCAAUAAAUGAUGUUUUAUCUAACAAGAAUAGUUGUAGAUAAAUUGGCCUGCUACUAAACAUGGAUCAUGUUCAUGUUAUAUGAUGCGUGUCUAAAAGUACAGGUGUGGAAUCGGACUGAAACUCUUAUUGGCACGUGCUCUACAUACUGGUACUCAGUUUCUGUACGUUUCCAGUGACACAAUAAA